AUGGGGAACUUCCAUAUCAUUCUCUUGGUGGUCCUGCUGUGGAUGGCGUCAGCACACUCCCUGAGGUGCCACGUAUGCCAUUCAGAAAGCUCUGACUGUCAAAAUCCAGUAGAGUGUAAGCCCAAUGAGUUGGCAUGUUUCAGCAACUAUAAGGAAAUAACAAAUGGUUCUGAGACCAUCAGAUCAACAGUGAAAAACUGUACUGCGAACUGUGACCACUGCGAGUCAGAGCCUACACCUGUGACUUCAUUUUUCCUGAGCUCCAUGUGCUGCAACAAGGAUCUGUGCAACUGGGCCAACAGUGGGAGCAGCAGCUUUGGGGUGGGGGUCCUGGGCACUGUGAUCAGUCUGACCUGCACCCUCCUCAGGAUUUAGCUGGGAGAAAGUCCUCUAGAAGAGCCUUUAACGUAACCCUGCCUAUUUGGAGUCCCCAGUCCAGAAAGAGCACGGAUCUGGUGUGCAUUUGUGUG